GCGGAGUAAAGUUCCCAUGUUCUUGUCGAGUGGCUACCGUAGAUCUGGUGGUCGGUUGUUUCGCUCGGAAUCUGACGAUAACGAGUUUACAAGAAGCCGUAUACGAAUGAAGUAACAACGGUGUUUUUUACAAGAACGCGUAAAACAUGAUGAUGCUGGGAGACAGCGACUAUGAUGACCUGGCAAGUUACAACGACAGUAGUGGCAGCGACUCGGAGGUGGGUACCGGCGAUGAGCGGUCAGCCAACACCACGGAUGCCCAAACCGAGUCUGGCCGUCCAGUGAGGAAUUUACGAAACAGAUCGUCAAGGCGACCACAUAUGGAGGAAAGAGUUCGACAUAAGAGACAAACACUUCAGGAUAUGGCCAAACCUCUCAAAGCAUGGUUGUACAAACACAAAGACAAUCCAUACCCGACUAAAACCGAGAAAAUAUUACUCGCCCUGGGAUCCCACAUGACGUUAGUUCAGGUUUCUAACUGGUUCGCUAAUGCGAGGAGGAGGUUAAAAAAUACAGUGCGCCAUCCAGGGCUGAGCUGGGCGAAAAGGAUUCGUAUGUACAACCAUUACGUGAAAGGAAAUGCUGAACUCUUAAGUAUCAGUUCCGGAAGUACCCCGGGUUCUUCUGUCUUACAUGCAGAAGAUUUGGUGGAUGAGUUUGCCGAAGAUGAAUCUUUUAAGGAGGUGGACACACGGCAGCAAAGCGACCAAAGCUCUUCCAGUGAUCGGCCACCCUCGCCAUCGCUCUCAUCAGAAAGUGGACACUCGACUUACCAUGACAGUGAAUUGGAUGAUACAGCCGACGAUGGGGUAUCGCCUCACAAAUACAAACAUACCAUCUUACAACGAUAUCUUAACGACUCAUUAAGUCAUAACUGUAAAAGUAGUACGUCGUCAUCGAAAGACAGGGUAACAACGUCAAGAACGAAGAAAUCCGGAUCUCUCAGUUCCCAUGACUACGAGGAUAUGUCUGCAUCACCAAAUGAUACCUCAUCCAGCGAAGGGGAGCGCCCUCACCACACAGUCUUCGAUGAUUUCCACACCGAGUUCAGUUUCCCAGAUAUCAGCAUACAGUGGGACAGUAAACAGACAGACGAGACAUACUGGAAGGAGAUAAAUGCUGCAAUGGCGUUGACACACAUGGCUCGGUUGAAGCAAAGGCAAAUACAAGCCAGAAAAACACCCUGCACAGCAACGUGUUGAAAUAAACAAUGGCUGCAGCAAUUGCAUGAAGACGUUUGUUUUUUAUUACCUUACUCAUGAAACGAACAUGAAGUAUCAAAAUCACGUGAUCAUUACGUGUAAUCGUUGAACAAGUCACGUGCCUCCUGUAUCCGUGAAUAUGUCUAACUGGUUUAGAUUGGUGCGGUGGCAGGUGUGUUUUUGAGCGUUGAAUACGAGAAAUCAAACAAUAUAGUGAAUUUCAAGACAGGAUUCAUUUCUGAGAAAUGGUUGACUGUAUUUUUG